GGUCACGUGAUGGAAAAUUAUGAUCCUUAUCUCUGAAUAAGGUGUUUACCUCAACUGGUAUCUAGUCUGCAAUUACUUGGAGAGUGGCUACGUUUAGUUCAAUCUUCAACAUAUCCACACAGUAAGCAAGUACAGGAACGCAAGGGGAGGUUUGAACUACGAUGUCCCUCAUCGAAAACAUCGCAGGUUUUGUUAACCUGCAAACAGUACUGGUUCUACUGGUUGUACUGCUGAUGACGUACGUCUACGUCACGCGGCCCAGGAACCUGCCUCCGGGACCCUGGGGCUGGCCCAUCGUCGGGAAUCUGUAUACAUUGUCUAAAGGAAAUAUUCACCUAACACUCAGCAAAUGGCGUAAGAAGUAUGGGGCAAUAGUCUUUUUCAAGAUCGGGACUCUGGGAACUGUUUGCCUCAAUGACUAUGACGUCAUCAAAGAGGCAUACGUAAGGAGGUCAGAUAUGUUCGGGAAUCGGCCUACAAACCUACGGAUUGUCAAUCAACUCAUCAAUCAAAAAGGAAUCAUAUUUGCCCCACUCGGUCCCCAUUGGUGGGAACAGCGCCAGUUCGCCGUGGCCAGUCUCGGGUUCGGGAGCCUCCGUAUCAAUGAGAGGAUCCUGGAAGAGGCCGCCACGAUGCAGGCAGAACUGCUGAAGACUAAAGGUAUGGAAGAUAUUAUAAUUAAGCGGUGCUUAAUAUAAAUUGUGAGAAGAUUA